ACACGGACUCGCCACUUUCUUGCAUAGACGGCUUAGCUAUAGCAGUGCAGUAGCAGCGAGCAGACGCUUGACUCUCUCAGACUUUCAGUCCCGAAAUUUAGUCGCGACACAAAAUGGCCAGGGCGCAGAUUGAGCGCUGGGCUGCUGAGCACCCCACUGCCCCCCGCGUGGGCCGCAUUUUUGAGGUUCCGCUGGGCUAUGUUGUCCCCCGUGUCGCUGCCGGCAUCGCUGCCGCUGGGUGCCUCUGGUACAUGAACAACACCUUCCUCCAGACUUACCGCCCGGAAUCUCUGUCUAAGGAGUUUCUGGAGGAGCAGGCAAAGAUUGGCGAGGUCGCGCAACGUAUGAACGCCCCGCCGGUCUACCUGAACCCCUUCACGAACCGCAUCCCCGGUAGCAUCCUGGGCCCUGAGGACGCAAAGCCCGAGUAAACUGGAGCGCUCUCAUUCGCUUGGCGAGCCGGGAGAGGCGGGGCGCGGCUGGCGGCCCAACUCGGAAUCGUGAUGCCGUGCGCAACGCGCCCUAGUGGCAAGCAGCUUGGCUGGCCUGCUGGCAUCAGGCGCUCGUCGGGGGAAACUUGGCUUAACUGACCUUUUGUGCUGUGCAUGUAUGCUGGUGGUAACCUGAACUGGUUUGAGUGUGGGUGACGGCGUGUGGGGGAAGGGAUGUGACCGCAGAUGCAGUGUUCAUUCGUGGGUAGCCAGCGGCCCCCGAGGUAGUUGUUUUUACAGGCUGGGCGGGCGCAGCAGUUGCGGCCAGCUGAGAGGCCUCGUGGCAAUCCAGUUCAUCAGGUUAGGCAGAGACAAAACUAUUAUGGAUCUUGACUUCCAUACUGUAAAGUACACGUUGG